ACCGCAAUACUGGGCAAUAUUCUCAUCCUAUUUGCUCUUAACAAAGUGACUUCGAUUUGUCCUCCAACAAAACUUUUGUUUCGAUGUCUGGCGGUCACCGAUCUUUGUGUUGGACUGGUAACACAACCGCUGUUUACAGUGAAGCUUCUUGCCAGCUUAAACGAUAAUGAAUAUGUUUAUGUUGGUUUAACACAGGUGAUCUCAUCUCAAGUUCUUUGUGGUGUCUCCCUCUUGACCUCAACUGUAAUAAGUGUGGACAGACUUCUUGCGUUGUCGUUGGGUCUGAGGUAUAGAUACCUUGUUACAUUAAGGCGGGUACGAGCGCUUAUUAUCUCCUUUUGGUUUCUAAUUGGUGCUUCGGUUGGGUGUAUCUUCAUUUCAGGAAUUAACUUUUUGUAUAUGCUGUUAUGAUGCUUAUUUCUCUUCUUAUCUCGGCCAUCUCUUACGCUAAGAUCUAUUUCCGUCUCCGUCACCAACUGCUUCAUGUACAAGGCCAUGUUCACCAACGACAACAACUUCCUCCCAAUGGCGUAGUACCGACUGCAUUGAAUGUAGCGCGAUACAAGAAAACGGUUUCCUUCAUAGCAUGGGUACAGCUUGGAUUAUUUGCUUGCUACUCUCCUCUUUGUAUUACUUUAGUUUCAUCCCAUUUUGUAGAGUUUUUGGACGAUAAUAUAAUUUACUUUUUCCUUUGUUUACUAUUCUUAAACUCAUCUCUGAACCCCAUUCUUUACUGCUGGAAAAUUAGGGAG